GGUUUAAUCCCAAUCACACAAGUCUCUUUCUUUUCUUGCAAGGCAGAAACGUAAGCAAUUAUUUGAUCCCUUCUUUGUUUGUUUAAUAUUUGAGUCGUUAGAAUAUAAUGUGAUGCCGUAGUUGGGAUCUAACACCAGUUGGAAUCCAAUGCUAGAAUUGGAAACCACAAAACAUAUAAUUUGGAGAUUCUUUGGUCUAGCAAGAAAUUAAUGGAGCUGAAACAAAUAUAGAAUCAGAAGGCUUUGUUGCCCAUGACAGAUACCUGGUCAGGAACACAGUUGAUGAGGCAAACUACAAGGAUUCAGAAAACAAAAGAAUCUUACCCAAUAUAUUCUUCCUUCUACUUCAAUGGCUUCUAGAGUAUGAAUGUUUUACUGGGGGUAUCCUUAUUUUUUCCAAAAAGUGAUUACACAGAGCAGGUUGUAUAUAUUCUGAUCAUUCGAGCUGAGAUGGAGGUGAGUAUGAAUGUUUUUCCAAAGGUGUUGUGUGGGUGGAGUUGGGAGGAGAACAAGUUGUUUGAGCUUGCUUUGGCUGUGGUUGAUGAACAAGACCCCCAGCGCUGGGAAAUAGUUGCAGCUUUGGUUGGAGGCAAGAAGAGUGCAGAGGAUGUGCACAAACAUUAUGUCGUUCUUUUGGAGGAUUUGAAAGUCAUAGAGUCUGGUAAUUUGGAUCACAAACUUGGUGGAGUUGGAGAGGACCAGGGGCACAAUUAUGUUCAAGUGGACUCUAGUCAAUCCCUAUGCUGGACUGAUGAAAUUAACAAUUUGCUGGUUAAGGUGAACUUGAAUUAAGCUGUAUAUUGGAGGGCCAUUGUUAUUUUCCAUUGAAGCUUCCUCUUUCAAGGUCAUCUCCUUCUAGCCUCAAAACAUUGAAGUAAAGCUGCUGGUCAUUGCAAAUGUAAGAAUUAAAAAGCUCUGUCAGCAGCUUAUAAAUAUCACCGUUUAUUCAUGUAGUUCACAUGUAAGUAGAUGCAUGUUGUUGUCAGCUGGACCAAUUCUAAGUGCCUUUCGCUAUCCGAUUCAUAUACUCAUUCUCUCUUGGCUGUUAAUCAUCUCAUUUAUUUGAGUAUGUUCAGAAUUUUACAACUUUGUUCUGCUUUGCCUUGAAUGAGAUUCUGCAGAAAUACAAAUUCUUAGAA